AUGCUCAAUUUCACUGAUGUAACAGAAUUCAUUCUUUUGGGAUUAACUAGUCAUCCUGAAUUACAGCAACUUUUCUUUGUGAUUUUCCUGCUGGUCUACUUUAUCACCCUGGUUGGGAACAUUGGCAUGAUCAUAUUAAUCAGGGUCAGUCCCCAGCUCAACAGCCCCAUGUACUUUUUCCUUGGUCACCUGUCUUUUGCAGAUGUGUGGUUCUCCUCUAAUGUCACUCCUAAAAUGUUGGAAAAUUUGGUAUCUGAGACCAAAACAAUUUCCUAUCCUGGAUGUAUAGUGCAGUGUUUUUUCUUCAUUGCUUUUGUCCAUGUAGAAGUCUUCAUUCUUGCUGUGAUGGCCUUCGAUAGAUACAUGGCGAUUGGAAACCCUCUACUUUAUGGCAGCAGAAUGUCAAGAACUGUCUGUAUUCGACUGAUUUCUUUCCCUUACAUAUACGGCUUCUUUAUCAGUUUGAUCUCAACACUGUGGACCCAUGGUUUGUACUUCUGUGGGAACAUCGAGAUCAACCACUUCUACUGUGCAGACCCAGCUCUCAUCAAAAUGGCCUGUGCAGGGACUUUGAUUAAAGAAUACACUAUGCGCACAUUGGCAGGUCUCAACUUUUCUUACUCCUUAUUGGUCAUUAUUAUCUCCUACAUUUUCAUCCUCAUUGCCAUCUUAAGGAUGCGUUCAGCAGAAGGGAGAAAGAAAGCUUUCUCCACGUGUGGGUCCCACUUGACAGCUGUCACCAUAUUUUAUGGAACACUCUUCUUUAUGUACCUUAGAAGCCCAACUGAGGAGUCUGUGGAGCAGGGGAAAAUGGUGGCUGUUUUCUACACCACAGUCAUUCCUAUGUUGAACCCCAUGAUUUACAGUCUCAGGAAUAAAGACGUAAAGGAGGCCAUGAGCAAACCGAUGAGUAGAGCAUUUUUAAAUAAAUAA